AUGGCUAGACCCUUUGAGUUGGUGAAGAACAUUAACGAUACGAAGGAGCUUUGGAAAGUUGCUGUUCUUAUACAUCACAAAUGGACCGUUCUCAAUAAGAACAAGGAACAUUUUGAGUUGGUUGUCGUUGAUAAAGAUGGUUGUGACAUCCAUGUCAACGUUCCACAUCCUUUUAAACAGGCUUAUGAUUCACUUUUAACCGUUGGCAACACUUAUACAAUCUCAAACUUCCAAGUCUCUCUUAAUGAUAUGCUUUUCAAGCCUUCAGAUCACAAAUUUAUGUUGACAUUUACUGGUGGUACAUCUGUUACCGACAAGAAUAAACAUCAAAUUCCUGCAAAGCCACUUAAAUUCACUUCUUUCACUGAUAUUAUGUCUGGGAAUUGGAAAAAGGAUGUUCUAAUAGAUGUCAUUGGAAUGGUCACAGAAAUUGGCUACACCCAACUACAACAGGGGGGCAAGAAACAACAGAUCAAUCUAUCUUUGAAGGAUUUGUCGGGCAAUGUUUUGAAUUGCACUUUGUGGGAAGGAUAUGCAGUGCAGUUCCAUGAAUUCAGUAAAAAUAGAAAGGACACAACUCCCCUCAUUAUUGUUUUGCAAUAUGCAAAAGUCAAGGAAGAAGGAAAGUAUCCAUUAUGUGUUUCUAACACCUUCAAUGUUACAAAGUUGAUUCUCAAUGAUGACUUUCCUCAGAUUAAAGAAUUUAUUGAAAGCCUACCAAAAAUCAGUGAGGCUGAAUCUUCAAGUCAGGCUUUGAGCCUGCAGUCCCAGACACUGUCUCAAUACUCAACUUCUUCUCAACACACUCUUUAUGAUAAACUAAUGUAUAAAGCAACCGUACGGCCUUUGGUUGAAAUUGUAAAACUCAAGGAGGAAGCUCAAUGUGUUACCGUUGCGACAAUAACCAAACUCAAGGCUGCUCAAGGUGGAUGGUAUUACCAAGCAUGUCAUCAGUGUCCUAGGGUUGCUAAAGGGAAUGAACCACCCUAUGAAUGUACUCUUCGCCACAAAACAGAAACAGCCAUUUAUAGGUAUAAAAUUUUAAUUGAAGUUUUUAAUGCUGGAACAAAAGCAUCAUUUGUAAUAUGGGACCGUGAAGCUUUUCAACUUUUGAAGGUCACUGCUGCUCAGAUGCGCACUAAUUUACUUGAGGCUGGUAUUACCGACCCUCUUGAGUUCCCAGUAGCGCUUGAUGCUUUAGUUGGAAUGACCAUGGUUUUCAAGGUCAAAUGGCAACCUGAUUGGGAAAAUGCGUCUGUUAUGUCUAUAUUUGAAGAUGACAUUGUAAAAAAGGAUAUACUGCGUUCAUUUGGACAGGAAUUGCCUAAUUCCCAGAACAUGCUAACUCCUAAUGUAACACAGAACAAUGAGAGUGUUGCUGAGGUUUCACAUUUGGAUGAUUGGGACAUCAUUCCGGAACCCGAUAUUACAUCUGAUGCAUUGCCGGACCCUGUUACACCAACUUCAGGUGCUAAAUGGAUUGCUCCACAUGAAUCACAUGACAUUACUCCUUUAUCUCAGAUGUCUGAAUUACAACAGUCUUCCACAAAGAUGAAAAAGCAUAUCAAACUGGAGAAUUAG